AUGACUACAACUAUGGAUAUUGCGGUCUGUAUUGAUUGUUCAUCAUCGAUUACAUCGAAUUUUGAUCGUAUUCGUUUAAACAUUCUUUCGAUUCUUAAUGAAGCAUUAACCGAACAUCAAUCCGAUGUUCGUAUGGCACUAAUUCAAUUUCGAUCACAUUACGAUAAUUGGGUAACAAAGACACAUCCAUUUACUUCAUCAAUGGAUUUAUUUCAAGAAUGGAUCAACGCUGUUCAGAUUGAUGGUGAAAAUUCGAAUGAAUGUAAAGCCAUUGUUGAUGCACUCGAUGAAUCUUUGGCACUUGAGUGGCGUUCAAUGACAAAUUUGAAUCUGUUUCACGAAAAACUUGUAAUUUUGAUUACUGAUGGUCCACCGUGUAAUCUACUUGAUAAAGAAUGUUCGUACAACAAUAAAGAUCUUUGGGAACUAGCUGAUGAAUUCGACAAACAAAAUAUUACAUUAGUCAUUGUUGGUAUUGAACCGAGUGUUGUUGUUUGUGAUGAUUUCUAUUGUGCAUUAGCUCAUAAAACAGGUGGUGAAUAUAUUCCAUUGAUCAAUUCUGUACAUGUUCUUACUUCUGUUAUCAAACAAGCAUUAUUAGAAGAUACACUUUUACAAUCAUUUCGUCAUCUUGAUAUUCAUUUGGAUAUUGAAUAUGAUUCAUUGUAUAGUUUUCUAGCAGUUCAAAAACGAGCAGAUUUUAUGAUUGAAUAUUGCCGAACAAUGACAGAUAUUCGAAAAUGUUUGUACACAUAUCGUAAUCAACCAACUGAACUUAUCAUUGAUGAAAUCAAUGAUGAUGAUGUUGAUCACUUUGUGUGGAAAAAUAUAAACAUUAUUAUUUCAACACCAAUAACCGACGAUGAAGGUUAUAGAACAAGAUUGCCGACGACGGCAUCAGCUGAAUCGAGUUUUAUCGAUAUAAUUGGUUCAUCCGCUUCAUCAUAUCAUACGGAUUUCGAUUUGAAUAGUGAAAUCGAUGAUGAGUGCUUUUAA